UUUCCAGAAGAAAUUUUUCGAAAUAAUUCAGGAUCAUGCCGCCAAAAGCCGAUCCAGAAACGCUUGCUUUGAGGAAGGAGCUAGAAGACCUAUACAAAAAGCUACAGGAGGAACAAAAGAAACAACAGGACACCACCUUCGAGCAGGCCUUGGAAGGGGUGGCGGCCGCCCCGCGGGUCAAGCUGAGCACCAAGAAGCAGAUGAAGGGCCACCUGAACAAGGUGAACUCUGUGCAUUACAGCGGAGACGGCCGCCACUGCGUCACCGGCUCCUUGGACGGCAAGCUCAUAAUCUGGGACACCUACACCGGCAACAAGAUGCAGAUCAUCCCGCUGCGGUCAGCGUGGGUGAUGAGCGUAGCUUUCUCCAAUUCGGGAAAUUACGUUGCUUGCGGAGGAAUGGACAAUAUGUGCACAGUAUAUGACUUGAACAACAGAGAUUCUAAUGGUGUUGCCAAAAUGGUAAGGGAGUUAGCAGGAUAUGAUGGUUUCCUCAGUUCAUGCCGUUUCACUAGCGACAAAUCUAUCAUUACAGGAUCAGGAGACAUGAAAAUUUGUAAAUGGGACUUGGAGAGUGGCAGAAAAACUUCCGAUUUUAUAGCUCACAAUGGCGACGUAGUUUCAAUUAGUUUAGCUCCGGAUGGCAAUACAUUUGUGACUGGGAGUGUUGAUAAAACUUGUCGGUUAUGGGAUAUGCGAGAAGAAAAGCCAAAACAGACGUUUUUCGGACACGAAGCAGAUGUCAAUUCUGUUUGUUAUCAUCCAAGUGGUUAUUGUUUUGCAACUGGUUCAGAAGAUAAGUCUGCAAGACUUUUCGAUAUAAGAAGUGACCAGGAAUUGGCAACUUUCAAACCACCAUCUCCCAAUAGUGCGUUCACGUCCUGUGCAUUGUCAAUUAGUGGAAGGAUACUUCUGUGUGGAUCUGAUGACAAUAAUGUUCAUAUGUGGGAUAUAUUGAAGAAUCAACAUAAUGGUACUUUAUCAGGGCAUGAAAACCGUGUAACCUCACUUUCAGUAGCAAGCAAUGGAUUGGCAGUUGCUACAUGCAGUUGGGACCAAACAGUACGAGUUUGGGGUUGAUAUUUUUCAAGGGUAUUCACUGAGAAAAGAAAAUAUAUGUUUUACUGUAUUGUCUGCUCUACUAGAAGACACAGAGUUUCUUUCAAUGUUCAAGAAUUGUGUUUUGCCAUGUACUAUAUCUAUUUAGCAGUAUUGUGUAUGAAUGUUAUAUGGAAUUGUGAAAAUAUGAAUAAAAAUACUGUAAAAGUUA